CACAGACACCCCUCCCUGGCUGGUUUGUCGGGUUUGUUGAUGGUUGUCGCUUGUGACUGAACUGAGGUCUGUUCGCCAAAUCGUCUUCCCUCGAUGCCUGUACAGGAAAACAUGACUACUAUUAGGUCUAACAUCGGCCUCAGCACCGCUAUUUGUGCCGUCUGCCACGAGGGUUUUGGAGUAGACGAGCGAAUGGUCAACUCCAAUGGUCAAAUACUUCAUGAACGAUGUUUUGUGUGUGUUCAGUGUUUCCAGGCUUUUCCAGAUGGUCUUUUCUAUGAGUAUGAUGGGCGUCGCUUUUGUGAACACGACUUCCAAACUUUGUUUGCUCCUUGCUGCAAGCAAUGUGGCAAGUUUGUGAUUGGCCGUGUGAUCAAAGCAAUGCAAGCUAACUGGCAUCCUGACUGCUUCCGCUGUGAGAUCUGUAACGACUGUCUGGCUGACACUGGUUUUGUCAAGAAUGCAGGAAGAGCUUUGUGCAAAAAGUGCAAUGCAGAUGAGAAGACAAAAAAAACUGGCAGAUAUGUGUGCAGAAAAUGCCAUACGUACAUCCCUGAAGGGGAACAUAUCAUGUAUAUGGGGGAUCCUGUCCACCCAUGGCACUACAACUGCUUCUGCUGUGGCAAGGAGCUUGACCACUUUUGCCGUAAGAAGGACACAGAGCUUUACUGUCUGCGCUGCCAUGAUCUCCUGGGAACCCCCAUCUGUGGAGCGUGUCGUCGCCCAGUCGAGGACCGAGUGGUGCAUGCCUUAGGCAAGGCUUGGCACGUGGAGCAUUUUGUUUGUGCAAAAUGUGAGAAGCCAUUUUAUGGUCACCGAUACUACGAGCGCAAAGGAUUGGCAUACUGCGAGACCCAUUACAAUGAGCUGUACGGAGACAUCUGCUUUGAAUGCAACAAGGCAAUCACGGGAGAUGUUGUAAAUGCGCUAAACAAGUGCUGGUGCGUCCAACAUUUCACAUGCAUCGGCUGUAAUAUCUCACUGACUCUCAAGAGCAAGUUUCAUGAGUUCGACAUGCAGCCCCUUUGCAAGAAGUGCUACGAGAAAAUGCCAAUGGAGUUGAAGAAACGACUCAAACGCGCGGAGCAGGGAAGCCCGGCCAAGACCCCAACCAAGAAGAGCACGACUUAGAGUAUUUAUAUGCGUAAAAAUAGGAUUUUCUAAAUGGUUUUAAUACAUAUCUUUUCUUAUCUAAAGCAACUCCCAACACACCCUGCCUCAAGGAUAGCUAUUAGCGUAUUGCGUGAUAGAAGCGCAUUGCGUGACUACUACUUUAGUGACCAAUGAGGUUGUCAGGGGAGAGGAGGGUGGGGAGAUGGGAUCGUAAGACCCUCCCCACCCCCGCUCGACUGAAGGGCCCGCUGCAAUGGGAGAAAAUUAAAGCCGCAUUUUCACCAGUUUACUUCCGGUCGAUUACGUAACAAUAUCCGAAGAUUUUUAACGGAAAACGCGAAAAAUAUUUCAAAAUAUCGAAAGCAAUAUGUUUAUUGGAAGUUUCUUUGAGGAUUUGAUUGAUAAUUUAGAGCGGAUGGCCUGUUUAAUAUCUCGGAUUUUAAUACAUUCUUUUCUCUUCUAACGGUUGAGGUUUCCGUCGGACUUCCGGAAGUAAACUGGUGACAAUGCGGCUUUAAGUAUCACUGUGAGUUUGGGCGAGAUGCAUAACAAUUUAGAAAAAAUGGAGCCCUAAAUGGCCAAACGAACCUGCCGCUUACAAUCCUGGAUACGAGCCUGGUAACUUGCACGCUAUAAGAAUAAAACAAUGCAAAAUGGAACCAAGAUGAUGUUGAUAUAGGAUCGGAAUCGUGUUGCGCUUUAAAAAUUUAUAACUUUAAAAUUUGAUAUUUUCAUGUAGGUGUAAAAUACGAAAAUAAAGGAAAUGAUUGAA